AAAAAAAACUAUUUAAUAAUGGAACACAUGUUAAAUGACACAGUGCCUGUGGAAGAUUUGAAAAAGUUUGAGCAGAAGUAUCAUGAAGAACUUCAGCAAACUGGAAAGGCCAGUGCUAACUCUCAGUUUGAAUAUGCCUGGUGCCUGGUCAGGUCUAGAUAUCAGGCUGAUAUAAGGAAAGGAAUAUUACUCCUGGAGGAACUAUUUCAGGACCAUGAUGGAGAGAACAAAAGAGAUUAUUUAUACUAUCUGGCAAUUGGAAAUACUAAGCUGAAAGAGUAUUCUGUUGCCCUCAAGUAUGUCAGAGCUCUACUACAGUUCGAACCAGGAAAUAGACAAGCACAGGAGUUGGAAGCUAUUGUUACUAAAAGCUUCUGUAUUUCAGGAGUUGGAAGCUAUUGUUACUAAAAGCUUCUGUAUUUCAGGAGUUGGAAGCUAUUGUUACUAAAAGCUUCUGUAUUUCAGGAGUUGG